CCCGCGGCAGAUGCCGCCGUCCCAGGGUUUCCUGACUCUGACCUGCUUCCAGUCAUCCAGAGGGAUGGAUACCGUAUCCCGAAAGCGACCUGCGUCACCGGUCGCCACGGAGGCACCGACUGCGAAGAAACGUGCACUGAACUCCGUAUCUGGUUCGCCUUCAACCCCCCCAAAUGCGGAGCUACCGGAUGAAAAUGAACGCGACCCCCAAGCAGAGACUCUUGAGACCUUCCGCAAGCAAGCACUAUUCAAACGAAUGCGACAACAUGAAAGAGAGCGCAAACGAGCCGAGGGCAGGGUCGCUGAGUUGGAACAACGAAAAAGGACGCUUCAAGCGUCCUUGAGCGCCAUCGAAAAUUGCUGGAAUCAUACGGUUGACCAAUUACAAACCAUUGCUAAAGUAGAUAGCCUACAGCAACAUAUACCAUCCGACAUUAUAGAUUUGCGGGCACUCAUCGAGCGGGAGGCCUCGAAGGCCACUGGCAUGCCGAAGAAUGAGUUUCGUGACGCGUUGCGAGCAGAUGGUGUUAAAACUCAGAACCUUGUUUCUGCGUUCGUGGCGAUGGUUCCCCCGCGACCCACUCCAGACGCGCAGGAGAUGGCACAACGACUUCAACUAGUUACCGCUGAGGCGACCUCCUUGCGGAGUCAGCUGCACGCCGUUUGUGCCGAUUAUACCGAUGUCCGUGACCAGUUGGAUCGGUACAAGGAGCUACUCGCUCGGGCAGAAACUCAAGGCGAUGGCGCGCGCUUCGAAUCCCUGAAGCGGAAAGAAGAUAAGAGUAUGCGACAUGAGGAAAUCAAGGCGGAAGGUGGCUCGUCUCAUCAGACACCUGAGCCACUCGUGCAAUCAACCCCGCAUAUUAAUGGAACUUCCGAAGACUACUCAGCUGAGAUUGCAUUGCUUCGCUCUCAGGCAGAAAAGCGUGAAGAAGAAAUUACGCGACUCGCUGAACAAAAGGCGGAGAUAUCCGCUGAGCUGUGCGCGAAGAAUGCGAAAAUUGACAGUUUCUCUGAAGAAUAUAUUUGGGUGCACCCAACGUAUAAAGCCUUGCUAGAGGAAGUGAGCUCACUACGAGAAACUUCAGAAGCUCUGCAGAGGGCCCAGAAAGCCGCUCAACAGUCAAGCGAGCAGAGGCUAAAAGAGCUUCAAUCACUCAUUGAUGAGCAGCGUGCCCUUUUUGACACUCUAACAAGGGAACAUGAUGAACGCAUCAAAGCCAAGAAUCAGCAAAUUGCCAAAGCCAAGGAUCAGCGAGAGGCAGCGCUUAAAGACUUAGCAAUAGCAAAGGCUGGAGAAGCAUCGAGGAGCAGCUUACGUGAAAAAAUGGAGACCAGAAUGGUCUCGCUUGAGGAUCGCAUUGCGUCAUUGCUCCUCGAGACCAAGCGCCUCAAGUUACAACUUGGAGCCCAGUAUGGCCAGGACGACUACUUGUCGUUUAUGCUGUCGAAACCGGACGAAUCUGUCAGUCUUAUUGAUGAUCUUAGAUCGAAGCUGAGCAUGGCGCAAACCAGAGUUUCGGCGUUGGAGAGCGCUUUUUCUAAGCUGGAAGACUCGGCUUCUGAUGUCGCAAUGCACAUGCGGGCAGAGGCUGCAGCUCGGCAGGAAUGUGUUCAACUGCGGAGGCGACUUGCGGAGUUCCAGAGCUUAUUUGGUGAACAAGCUACGGCGGAUGUUGCCAAGCUUUCUGCCAUCGUUAAGGAAAAGGAACAGACAAUCAAGUCAAUGAGGUUGGCCCAACAGCAAGAAGCUGCGGUGUCGAACGACCUGUACGACGAAUUAGCACGGAUGUCUAGCGCCUGGGAGAUUCUUGAUAGAGAAAGUAAAACGCGGCAAGAUGAGACGGCGACCUGGGAAUCGAAAGUGAACAAACUUUCCGUUGAGAAAGCGAAAGCGGAGCAGAAAUUUUUCGCAGCGAUGCGGGAGAAAGAGGCCAUUGAUGCCGAGCGGAAAGCCGUCUUAAAGAAUGCCACCAAGGAUGCUGCUAUCAUUGCCAAAUUCACUGAACAGGAGAAGCUACUUCGAGACGCGGCGGCACCAAUGCGGCUGGCAAUUGCUGGUUACCAACAGCAACGUGACUUCUAUGAAGGUCGACUUUCUGCCAAAGAAAGCGCUCUCCACCAAAAAACUGUCAGCUUAGAAUUACUGCAGAAACAGAUCCAGGGAUUGGAGAGCGCCUUGAAUGCGGCGGAGCGUGAGACCGAAGCAAAUCUCCAACGCUCUCGGAAGUUUGAAGAUGAGCUGGCUCAGCUUCAGCAAUCCACCUCUCAGGAGAUUGCGAGGCUAAAACAGGCUUCCAGUGUGUCCAGCGCUACAACUCAGCGAGAAGAAGAACUCAAGAAUGAGGUGGCGGGUCUCAUGUCAAUUCUGAGAUGCUCGACCUGCAACCAAGACUUCAAGUCGCAUGUCCUACUCAAAUGCAUGCACACAUUUUGCAAAAGCUGCAUUGAUGCUCGUCUUACGACCCGACAAAGGAAAUGCCCAGCCUGUAACAUGAAAUUUCAAGACAGCGAUGUGCAGGCUCUGUACUUUCAAUAACAUGCUCGCGUUAUCAUUAUUCUCAAUUUUCUUCUUGACUUUCAGCACAGUUGUUUAUUCUUCGAGUCUAACGUGUUUUCCAAUGUUGCAUACACAUCUUCGUCCAUACCGGACAUAAUGUUUUUCGCGAACUUGUAGCUCUUGUACACUAAAUUACACAUUAUUUUCUGAUGCUAGACGAUUCCAG